GGCUGGAAACAGGACAGCAGGAAGUCACACUGCAGAUAUGGAGCUUUUGAGUGAGUUAGCAGAACUAGGUGAUUCAAUUGAAUCAUCGAUUGUUAAAAUAACACCAACACAUCGUCAGUGCACCAUCGAGCUUAAAAAUCAGAGCUCCAAAUACACUCUUGGCAACCCCAGAGUGUACAUGGAUAGUGGACGCUGCACCGUUCCUCUGGCCCCCAGCAUUAAGCCAGACUCAUCUGGGGAGGCGGUGUUCGUCAAGACUCCAAACACCGCCCGAGGAGCUGUCGGCAUGUUCACCUAUGACCUCAUCGAUAAUUCUACGAAACAGUGUUCUAAGAAAAUAGCUGUGCUCUACAAGGUGCCCUUUGACAUGAAGUUGAACUCAGUUGGGUAUGCAGUGGGAGAAUUAGACGUAAGCAAAGAGUGUAACCGUGAUCUUUACCGUGAGAUAUCCAAACAAAAAAACAUGACACUUGUAAGCGGCAAAGCAAAAGGCCCCAGUCUGAAACAUGAAAGUGAAAAUGUCACCGUCUUGGCUACAAUGUCUAAAUGCAACACAGCUGUCAUUAAGGUGCAAGUGAGUGACAGCUGAGAAAAGCUUCAGUGAUAGAUAAUAUGGGUAAUGUUGCGCUAAUAGUCUCAGCUAAUGCAAUACGAUACACCAUACAUAAUAAAGACAAUCUUCAUUGCCAAAAACUACACUGAAACA